CACUCAACAUUCAAACAUCAUAUUCAACAACAAACCAUCAUGAGCUCCAACGACAACAAUACCGCCUACAACACCGCCUCCAACAACAACAAUGCUGACCAGCAUUGUUGUUGUUGGAGGCGGUAUUGUUGUCGUUGGAGCUCAUGAUGGUUUGUUGUUGAAUAUGAUGUUUGAACUCUGUUUGGAAACAAGAGGGGUGCAAAUUGUAGGGGGGGUGCAAGUUGAGGGGUAAAUUGCUGGGGGGAUGCAAAUUGCUGGGGUUGUAAGUGGAGGGGUAAAUUGUUGUUUGGAUGAAAAAAAAGGGGGGUGCAAAUAGAGUGAAAAGUAACUAAUUAUAUUAUUUUAAAGUAGAUCUUAAAAUUUUAAAAUAGAUUUUAAGAUUUUAAAAUAUUAUCAUAAAAUAAUAAAAUAAAUAUUAAUGUAUAAUAAUAAAUAUACUUUACUAAAAAUAGUUAUUAUAUAAUAAUGCUCAAAUAAUAAUUAAUUAUAACAAUUGUAAUAAUCAUUGAUCGAGCGAUCUCAAAACUCGAAGCUGAACUCGUAACUAAUCAUCCUAUAUAGGGUUUUCGUGUCUAGUUUAAUCUUAAAUUGUCAAACUUAGUCAAACACGUUCGAAUUUGUAAGUUUUAACUAUUUAGUCAAAUAAACUGAGUUAACCAAACAAUUUCUCUCUAUCUUUUCCACAAACACCUCGUAUCUCUAAUUUUCAAUACAAAUUCGAUUCAACCAAGAGAUCUAGAUUUUACUUGACAAACAUUGAUAAACUUGUUUCCAGAGUCAAAUGGUCAACCCCGAAUAAUGUUUACAUUAAUGAUAUUUAUAAAAAGAAGACAUUGAUAAUAUUAAUUAUUAUUAUAUAAUUAUAUAUAACACAAUUAGAAAAAUAAAAUUCCAUAAUUCCCACCUCCCCCUCUCUUCCUUCCUUUCCUUGCACCCCAAUUCGGGGGUAAGCCGAAACAGUAAAUUUGCACUCCCAUUUUGCACCCCCCUACUGUUCCAAAUUAACCAAACAUGUGCAAAUGUGUUGGAAACUGUGUUUACCACUCACAUUUGCACCCUCGUCCCAUUUACCCCUCUUCCCAAACAGAGUGUGAAUGUUGAGUGGUUUUUAACAUGGCUUGUUGUUGAAUAUGGUGUUUGAAUGUUGAGUGGUUUGUAACACAUCAUGUUGUUGAAUAUGGUGUUUGAAUGUUGAGUGGUUUGUAACACAUCACGAGUUCCAACGACAACUAUACCGCUUCCAACACCGCCUCCAACAACAACAAUGCUGAUGGGCAGAAUGUCGAGGCCCAUAAUCCGCCCCCACAGCAGCCUCCCCCGAGGCCUGAGGAUCAGAAUGUCGAGGCCUCCACAGCAGCCUAGCCUCCACCACGGAUGCCUCAACUAGUCAAAUGCUUCAAUUGCAACGAUGUGUUCAUCCAGGGGGGCAAGCAUUCCUCCCAUUUCAAGGAGCCUAAAAGCAGCCGCAACCCGCAAGAGCCCACCCCAGGCAGGGAACAACAAGAGGAAUCCACGCUAGGGAGGGGCUGGCAUCGAAUGUUAUUCUACUCCAAGGGCCGCAUUGUUGGUUUCUGCUAGUUUGUGUACUUGUUAUUUAAUUUAUGCUGGACUUUUAUUUCGUAUUCUCUGCUUAUUGGAUUUUAUGAGAUUCUGAUGCUUCAAGCUUCUUUUGUUCAAUUUCACUUUGCAACUUCUCAAUGUUCGCUGGGGGGGGGGGUUGCAAAUUGCCGGGGUUGUAAGUGGAGGGGUAAAUUGUUGUUUGGAUGAAAAAGUAGGGGGUGCAAAUAGAGUGAAAAGUAAGUAAUUAUAUUAUUUUAAAGUAGAUUUUAAAAUUUUAAAAUAGAUUUUAAGAUUAUAAAAUAGAUUUUAAGAUUUUAAAAUAUUAUCAUAAAAUAAUAAAAUAAAUAUUACUGUAUAAUAAUAAAUAUACUUUACUAAAAAUAGUUAUUAUAUAUGGUGUUUGAAUGUUGAGUAGUUUGUAACACAGUGUGAAUGUUGAGUGCUUUGUAACAUGGCUUGUUGUUGAAUAUGGUGUUUGAAUGUUGAGUGGUUUGUAACACAUCAUGUUGUUGAAUAUGGUGUUUGAAUGUUGAGUGGUUUGUAACACAUCACGAGUUCCAACGACAACUAUACCGCCUCCAACACCGCCUCCAACAACAACAAUGCUGAUGGGCAGAAUGUCGAGGCCCAUAAUCCGCCCCCACAGCAGCGUCCCCCGAGGCCUGAGGAUCAGAAUGUCGAGGCCUCCACAGCAGCCUAGCCUCCACCACGGAUGCCUCAACUAGUCAAAUGCUUCAAUUGCAACGAUGUGUUCAUCCAGGGGGGCAAGCAUUCCUCCCAUUUCAAGGAGCCUAAAAGCAGCCGCAACCCGCAAGAGCCCACCCCAGGCAGGGAACAAUAAGAGGAAUCCACGCUAGGGAGGGGCUGGCAUCGAAUGUUAUUCUACUCUAAGGGCCGCAUUGUUGGUUUCUGCUAGUUUGUGUACUUGUUAUUUAAUUUCUGCUGGACUUUUAUUUCGUAUUCUAUGCUUAUUGGAUUUUAUGAGAUUCUGAUGCUUCAAGCUUCUUUUGUUCAAUUUCACUUCGCUGGGGGGGGGGGGGGGGGUUGCAAAUUGCUGGGGUUGUAAGUGGAGGGGUAAAUUGUUGUUUGGAUGAAAAAGUAGGGGGUGCAAAUAGAGUGAAAAGUAAGUAAUUAUAUUAUUUUAAAGUAGAUUUUAAAAUUUUAAAAUAGAUUUUAAGAUUAUAAAAUUGAUUUUAAGAUUUUAAAAUAUUAUCAUAAAAUAAUAAAAUAAAUAUUACUGUAUAAUAAUAAAUAUACUUUACUAAAAAUAGUUAUUAUAUAUGGUGUUUGAAUGUUGAGUGGUUUGUAACACAGUUUGAAUGUUGAGUGCUUUGUAACAUGGCUUGUUGUUGAAUAUGGUGUUUGAAUGUUGAGUGGUUUGUAACACAUUAUGUUGUUGAAUAUGGUGUUUGAAUGUUGAGUGGUUUGUAACACAUCACGAGUUCCAACGACAACUAUACCGCCUCCAACACCGCCUCCAACAACAACAAUGCUGAUGGGCAGAAUGUCGAGGCCCAUAAUCCGCCCCCACAGCAGUCUCCCCCGAGGCCUGAGGAUCAGAAUGUCGAGGCCUCCACAGCAGCCUAGCCUCAACUAGUCAAAUGCUUCAAUUGCAACGAUGUGUUCAUCCAGGGGGGCAAGCAUUCCUCCCAUUUCAAGGAGCCUAAAAGCAGCCGCAACCCGCAAGAGCCCACCCCAGGCAGGGAACAACAAGAGGAAUCCACGCUAGGGAGGGGCUGGCAUCGAAUGUUAUUCUACUCUAAGGGCCGCAUUGUUGGUUUCUUCUAGUUUGUGUACUUGUUAUUUAAUUUCUGCUGGACUUUUAUUUCGUAUUCUAUGCUUAUUGGAUUUUAUGAGAUUCUGAUGCUUCAAGCUUCUUUUGUUCAAUUUCACUUCGCUGGGGGGGGGGGGGGGGGGGGGGGUUGCAAAUUGCUGGGGUUGUAAGUGGAGGGGUAAAUUGUUGUUUGGAUGAAAAAGUAGGGGGUGCAAAUAGAGUGAAAAGUAAGUA